UCACGACUUUAUUUCGCUCCAUUUUUUCUCCUCAUCUUUCUCAUUUGAUUGUUCACUGUUCGUGAGUUCUGCUCAUGUGAGUAGCUCGGCAUUUCAGCAUUGAAUUUUUUAGAAUGGCGAGUGUGAGUUCUGGUGGCUCCUUACCCGAUGACAACUUGUCCAACGACAGCAUCAAUUUCGUCCUUCAGGACGUUCAAAUUCAAACUGAAAACGAUGCAGAUGAUUUCAGAUCAUUGAUGGAUGAGAUUGGCAUAGUGGAAGGUGACCAUGAUGAACCUAACGAAAAUUUGGAAAGUAAAGUUUGGCAGUACUUCACCACUGAUGGGACAAGUAGAAGCAAAGCCACGCGUAAGCUCUGCGAAAAACUUAUAGACCGCUCGGGUGGGUCUACGACAAAUAUGAUUCGUCAUCUUCGAACUGUACACAAGAAGGAACCUGGCUGUGCAUCUGGCAAAAAAUCGUCGGGGAAAAAACGACAACAACGUGUCUCCACUAAAGAAAAUCUCCGCCUGGAUCGUCUGUUUGCCAUGUUGGUGUGUGCUGAUUACCAGCCUCUCAGCAUGAGUGACAGCGUGGCUUUUCGAAACUUCGUCCGUGCAUUGAAUCAGUCAUGGCCACCACCUUCCAGAACUGCAGUCAGCGAAUGCCUAGUUCCGGCGCUGGCCGGCAAACUGCUUCGAGGAAUGAAGUUGACAACUAUUUAUCUGAAACAGCCCUCGGCCAUCAGCUUGAUCCAUUGGAAUGGUGGAAGGAGAGACGGGAUAGAUAUCCACGUCUGGUGGUCCUCGUGCGCAGAUAUCUUUGCAUCAUCAUGAAUUCCGUGCCAUGUGAACGUAUAUUCAGCAAGAUGGGUUUAGUUGUAACCGAUCGAAGAACAAAUCUAACUGCCGAAAAGGCUUCACUGGUUGGCGUUGUGGCUUCUAAUCUUAAACAUCUUGAAAGUAAUUAAUCCACUUUGUAUCUUAAGUUUAUUUAUUUCUUUUAAUGUAACUCCAUACGAAAAGAAUUUUUAGCCUUUAACUCAGCACAAGAAGUUAUUUAUUUUAAUGAGCAUACUCGAUUGCUUACUGCAAUAACACAUUAAUUAAUUGUUGACUUAUUUAUGUAAGAAGAAACAUUUAUUCGUCACAUAACAAUUGCAAGAAGAUAUGAUUUCUGUCUAUUUUUUUGAAUUUCUGAAAGGAAUAAAACGUUUGGAGUUUGA